CCCCCCCUUUUCUCCCCACGUUCUUUUUCUCUCGCAGUUGAUAAUGGAGCCACACCAGCCGGCAGUUUUCUAACUGUGACUGUAACUCUCAGUUACAGUGUUGUCUCAUGCGGAGCAUACGAGGAGCGUGUUUAUAAAGGGUUGAAAAUAAUGGCAAGGUACGAACCAGUUCAGUUAGCAUUCAAUUCUGUGGACCCCGAGGGCUGCUCGAAAGACAAAGCCCCCAUUAUAUUUGUUCAUGGAUUGACUGCAUCCAAAGAACUUUGGAAUGACCUACCCGAAAUAACAGCUAAGGCCACAAAUAGGAAAGUGUAUGCGGUGGACUCGAGGAACCACGGAGACAGCCCGUGGUGCGAUGUGUUCAACUUCGACUGCAACGUAGACGACCUUUUGCACUUCAUGGACAGCAUCAACGCGCCCAAAGCCAUCAUCAUCGGGCACAGCAUGGGGGGAAUCACCGGUAUGAAAUUGGCCUUGAGAGCGCCAGAAAGAGUAGAAAAACUCGUUGUUGAGGACAUGAGUUGUCGGAAACUGUCUCAGCCGAUGCUGGACAUGGUGUUUCUCUACAUUUCCUUAGGACGAGCCGCUUUAGAACAAGUACCAUCUGACGUGGACGAAGACACGGCGAGAAAGAUCAUCUUCGAUACUGUUAUGCAGAGUUUACCACAGGAGCUUAAAAUGUUAGCGAGGCCAGAUAAUACCAACUUCCGCAUCCAGCUGAAGCGAACCCCUGAGGGUCGGUGGGCCUUUAAAUCUAACGUCGACUUAUUGAUGAAGGCUCUCAAGAACUCCAAUGAGCUCAUGUCAGAACCGACUGGAGUCUAUGAAGGUCCCUCAUGCUUCAUUUAUGGAAAGCUUUCACCGUUCCUCGUGGGAUUGGAUGAACCAAACAUUCGAAAGCAUUUCCCGAAUGCAAAAAUGGUUGGAAUCGACAAUGCGACGCAUUCCGUCCACACCGAAUGCCCCCGUGAAUUCAACGACGCACUUCUCAACUUUCUACAAGAAUAAGAGCUCUAUUUUAUGUGUCAAAAAAAUCUAGUAAAUGCGCCUGUUUGCUUGCAGCCGACUUUUUUUUUAUGUUUUUGAAAGUAUAUCAUUUACAUAAUUGUAUAUUUUACAAUGAAAUAUGAAGUUUUGCA